UCGGAAUGCGGUCUCGGCAGCACAAGCAGCUUGACUGAAUCCUGAUAAACCACGUGUCUCACCGAGUCUGCUGCAUCUGUCCACCCACAGAGAGAGAGAGAGACGCUAAUGAAAUAGUUUCACCUGCACUCUGAAAAGUUCAUCUCGGAGGAUAUUUUCUGACAAACGCCUCGCUCCAUUGAAGUCAUUGCGCUGCACAUGUGUGAUACAAAAUCCGCGUUUUUACGAAACGAGGGCGGCCUGUCGCGUGAUCUGCAUUGAACGAGAAAACGUGUUUAUCUUGCACAAAAGCUGUCAGAAUGACCCAAGACCAACUCCUCACGGGACUGAAGAAGGACCUCCGGUCUCUCUUGAUCUCAGCUAAGCGUGGCUUGACCCCUGAGCAGCUCAAGAGAGACUACCAGACCAUGCUGGGCUUCCCCAUUCCCCUCAGGUUACUGGGAUUCAGAAACGUUUUAGAUAUGGUCAAGGAAAUGCCAGAUGUUGUGCACUUGGAGUACCACCUUGAUGGCAGCAUAAUUUUAAAAGCCAUUGGAGACGAGAGCACCAAAGGCAUCGAAGAGCUAGUGUCCAAGCAGCGGGACCACAAACCCAAACCCAAAGUCAACAAUCGGAGGGGAAAUCUGGUGAACUUCCACACCUCUUUCCCACGCCAUCAGCCUGUUAUUCUCCCUCGGCGUGGCCCAGCAAAGCCCGCCCUGCCUGCUCAGCUGCGCAGCCAACUAACACAAUUGCUAUCUCAUGGGCCGGUCCGAUUAUCAGAGCUGGAAUACAAGUAUACAGUGCAGUUCGGAAAGCCGCUCCAGAUCACUCAAUAUGGCUUCUACUCCAUAUCCGAGAUGCUGGUGGCUGCCGCGGAUUUCAUAAUUAUGCAGCAGACUCGCACUGGCUCACAACUACUUCUGAAAAGCUCUGUGGUGCCACUAAAUCAGACCGAAAAUCGGAUGCAAGCCUUUCCAAGAAGUGUAUUGGAACCUCCUUUGGUGGAAAAAUUCAGUCCUGAAGCAACUUCACCGCCUAAAAGCGAACAGCAAAGUUUGUCCCCUGCUGUUCCUAAACCAGAGCCUGUGAAGAAAGAGCACUCUUUUGAAGAAACCAUUUUUAAGCUUGAGGAGGAGCUCAGACAGCAGAUUUUCGAGAAGGGCACCGCUGGCUCCGUCAGCCGCGAACUGAAAGAUAAGCUACGGAAGGUUGUAGCUCAAAAUGGCAAGGGGAUCUCCAUUCACAAUCUACCAGCAGAAUAUAAGCGAAUGUAUAGUGAGGAGUUGCCGGUGAGCCAGUGUGGCUUUCUGAGCGUGACUGAGAUGGUUGGUGCUUUAAGUGAUACAUUUUCCAUCCAAAGAGGUGCUGAUGAGAGUGAAAACCACUGGAUGGUCGUGGAGUUCAAACCAAAUGACAUACAACCCAGUAAAUCUGAAUUAUCCCCGGGUCACGGCACCACUUCCAAUCCGACGGACGAAUCACCGAAUCCCUCCAGCAAGGCUUAUUACUUAGGCUAUGCAGAAUCUGCCUGGGAGCGCGAAGAGUCGGAGCAAUCCACAGACCCUCAAGAGUCUGACGCUGAGCUCAGAGUCACCAAUAAAACCAUCCAUCAGAUGGGAGAUCUUUUCCCAGAGUUGAUGGUGAGUCAUGUAACAGCGGUUCCUCCAGACGCGGUGCGCUGCCAGAAGCUGAAGUCGCCCAUUCGCAGGAGAGAUAGAGAGCUGGUGCCAGUCCUGGUGGAGCAGACAGAGUCACCCAGCCACUUCUACAUCCGCUUCAGCCAAAACAAGGAGGCCAGAGCCCUGGAGAACAUGAUGAUUGAAAUGAGGAGCUGUUACUCCUACCCAGACGUGGCGGAGAGAUACAGGCUGCCUGAUGCCUAUGUGCGGCCGGGUCAGGUGUGCUGCGUGGCCCCAAGAGACAUGUGGUUCUACCGUGUGGUGAUCCACGAGGUGUUCAGUAGUACUGAAGUAAAGGUGUACUACGUCGACUUCGGAGACAUCACAAAAGUGGAACGAAACAGCCUCAGAUUUCUCAAAGCUUGUUACGCUGAUCUCCCGGCUCAGGCUGUCCCAGCAAUGUUAGCUGGAGUUCGGCCCGUCACGAGCAUUUGGAAUCAGAGUGCUAUCAGCUCUUUCCAGCGGAUGUGUUGUGAGCGCACUCUGGUGGCUGCCAUUCACAGCUACCAGAACGACUUCCUGUUGCUCUUCCUGUGCGACACCAACACGGAGGAGGAUGUUUACAUUCACUCCGCCCUACAGAAAGAGGGCCACGCCCUUCCCAGCAGUACCGCAUACGGAUUGGCGUCAAGGCAGUUCAAUCCAUUGACGUCUUACUUCGGAGAUGAUCAGAUCGAUGAUGUAAAGGAGUCUCUCACACCCUCCACAUGUUAUUCUCCAGAUAUAGAGGGAAAUGGCUCUCCAUGCUCCUCUCAAACGGGUUCCAGCUCUGAAAAUGGACAAACCAACUUCGCCCCCACUGAUGUAGAACCGAGCCUGGACCUUCCUGCACUCGAGUGUAUAAAUGUUCCUGACGUCAACGCUGAGGCUGAAAGUGAGAACGUAAAUCCAUUCGAGGCUCUGCAGGGUAAAGACCCAUUAAGCAGCAAUCAAUGGGAUCAAGGAUGGACAGCAGAGGACAAAACAGAUGUCAGACCUGACGUCAAGACUGAAGAGGAAUCGAAACCUGAGAUUGUGUCUCCUCCACCUGUUCAAGAAACUGUGAGUGAACUGCAGAUGUGUGUGUCUCCAGCUAAACCAAAGCCCGUCUCAAGCACAUGCACCAGCCCCCACACCUCUAGCCCGAUCCAGAUCAACUGCAUCUAUCCAGGCGUACCAGUCUAUCCGGUCCAGCCCCCGUUUUCCCAGUUCAUGAUGCAGUUCUUAAGCAGCCCAGUCCCCGUGGGACAGGGUCCACACUCUCCGUUCUGGCAGCACACCUCUCCGUUAGCCCUGACACCAGCUGCGCGCCUGUCUGCCGGAGCCAACGUCCUACACCGGCGCUCCAAACACACAGUCUGACCAGCCAGAAGCGGUGCGUGUUCGUUUCAGAACCUAUUUUGGACUUUCGUUAUGUUCAUUAACCUUCUGUUCUUUCAUUUCUUUGGCUGCUACAUCCUAGAAAUAUAUCAAAUGAUAUAAUAAAAGCAGCGGAGGACACAUAAGGACAAGUCAGUGCAGAUAUAUCUCUAGUUCAUUUUAUCGUAAUGCCUCUCCAGCAGCAGAUUGUUCUUUAUUUGUAUGUAUUUGCAUAGACAAUGCUAAAGUUUUGUAUGUUUUUAUGUUUGCACUAUGAACCAAUUGGACAUUUGUUUUAUUUAAGUUGCCUGUUCAGUGUUCAAUUCAGAAUUUUUCUUUUACCAACAAAAUGUUUUACAAAGAAGAAAAUGUGAUAAAAAAAGGAGGAUACACUGAAAAUUGUGUCU